CAAAUAUAAUUAUUUAUAUAAACCAAAUUUAUUUAUAUUUUUAAUAGUAAUGACGAAUAUAUAAGUGUUUUUUUUUUUUUUCUUUGUUUUUUUUUUUUUCUGCAAACAGAAUUGUGUAAAAUAUCAUAACAAAAUAUAUAUAUAUCAUAUAAAAACAAUAAUAAAUAAAACCAAAUAAUAAAUACUAAAUAUUCAAAAUAUUAAAUAAACAGCAUACAUAUAAAAUCAAAUAUGAAUUUCUUUUUUAAUUGUUGCACAUGUAAUAAUAAAUUUAAUUUCCACGAGAGUUAUUGCGAAUCUUGUUUACAAAGAAUAAAAAAUGACCAAAGCAAAGUAUUUGACCUAAUUCAAUCAGUAUUUGAUAAAAAAAGGGCAAAUGUAGAGUAUAGAACUAGAAUCAUCAAUGAUAUUCAAGAUCCAUCUAAUCGAUUAAAAGAAACCAUCAAUAUUAAAAGUACCUAUCUGGAGAGUAGGAAACAACAACUAGAGGUAUUAAAAAAUAAAAUUCAAAACUUAAAAGUUAUCGUUAAUAAAGAUAAUGGAUAUAUUGAUGUUAAAAAGAAAUAUUUAAGCACUAGAAGAUCAAGUUUAAAAAAAAAUAAACAAUCAUUUGAAAAUGCAAAUAAUGACGAUAACAAUAAUAACAAUAAUAGCAAUACUAAUAAUAGCGUAUUUAUAUCACUUUCAGAGGAAAUUCAGAAAAAAAAAGAACAGUCUGCAAUAGAAAAUAAUCAAUUACAAAUUAUUAAAAGAACAAAAGUUGACCAACUAGCUAAUGUAGUAAAAUUACAAAUCUCAUUAAAUCCGAAUAAUCCUGAUCACUAUUUAUUGUUUAAUAUGGUUUUAAAUGAUAAUCAACUAUUAAAAUUCCCUAAAGAUAUUAUAUUUACAACGCUAGGAUACAUUUCAAAAAUAGUAUUUUUAAUAUCAAGUAUUUUAGGCAUUACUCUACCCUAUCAUUUAAAUUAUAAAGGUUCAAAGUCAACAAUACAUCAUAAUCUUAAAUCUAAAGACUACCCAUUAUUCUACCAUAAAACCAAGUCAAGAGAAUUUCAAAAGGCAUUAUAUUUAUUAGGCGAAAACAUUUCAUUCCUUAGAUUUUAUCACGGCCUAUCCUCCCCAAAAGAAUCAAAUUUAUUAUUUUUAAAAAAUGUUUGUGAACUAGUUAAAUCACCAAAUUUGGGAAAGGACCAACAAAAUCUAGAAAUUCGAUCAAUGGAUAUUGAAUAUGAUGAUACAAAAGAAGAUGAAUGGGAAGUAGUUACACCAAUAGAAGAAGAUGACAGCUUUGAAAAAUUCAUUUAUGAUCAUAGUCAACAAUAAUCAAUAAUAUCCCCAAAUACUAAAUUAAAAAAUAAAGCUUAAUAAAUUUUGUACAUAUAUAAAAAUAAAAUAAUAAAAAAAAAAGAAAUCUACACAUUUU